AUGUCUUUCUGGGACUCACUCAGCGGCCGCAAACAGUCCAAAGGACCCGAAUUCGACCCUUCCACCGCGCAAGAUGCUACGUCGUUCCUUUCGGAGGUCGCCAUCCCUGAUCCUACCUCACUCCACCCCUUGGCUGGCCUGAACCAGGAUACCCUCGAUUAUAUCACUCUCGAAGACUCCGCCCUUGAUGAAACACCUGGCUCGCGAUCACUUUUGCCAUCUCGUGGAUGGUCCGAUGAUCUGUGUUAUGGAGCCGGAACAACGUACCUUGCUGGUUUGACUGCUGGAGGAGCAUGGGGUCUUGCUGAAGGCAUGAGAAAGGUGCCUGCGACAGCACCUCCCAAAAUUCGCCUCAACGGUGUCCUGAACGCUAUCACAAGGAGAGGUCCUUUCCUCGGAAACUCCGCCGGUGUGGUGGCUAUGGUAUAUAACGGCUUUAACUCGGGAAUUGGAUAUGCGCGAGGAAAGCAUGACUCUGCCAAC